AUGGAUAAAUUACAUCAUGAUCAAGUUGGCAACGUUGCAUGUUACGAUUUUGUUCACGUUUCCGAAAAAAAAUCACAAACGCCAUCAGUGGGAGCCGUAGAACUUGGCCUGGGCGGAACAGCCGAUCUUCAGUCAGAGAUAGAAAGUCACCGAGAUGUGUUCAGUUCGCUCAACGGUGCGGGAAAAAAAUUACUCGGAUCUCUCGCGUCCCAAGAUGAUGCCGUCAUGUUGCAAAGGAGGCUGGACGAAAUGAAUCAAAGAUGGCAUCAUUUGAAAGACAAAAGCAUGGCAAUAAGAAAUAGACUCGAAAGCAAUACGGAACAUUGGAACGCUUUACUGUUGUCUUUGCGCGAACUCAUCGAAUGGGUUAUCAGAAAGGAUACCGAGUUGACGGGUUUGGGACCCAUCGGUGGGGAUUUAGCAUCUUUGCACAAGCAACAAGACGAUCAUCGAGCUUUUCGAAGGCAACUGGAAGAAAAACGUCCCGUUGUAGAAAGUAAUUUGCUGAGUGGGAGACAGUACAUAGCAAACGAACCCGCGCUUUCCGACACGAGCGACAGCGAAGCCGGACGAGAACUCGAUGGAGAUUCCAGAGGGUACAGAUCGGCGGAAGAACAAGCAAGAGAAUUGACCCGGUGCAUAAGACGAGAAGUUAACAAAUUGUCUGAAAAAUGGAACGCUUUGAUCGAUCGUUCUGAUCAAUGGCAGAGAAAAUUGGACGACAGUCACGGAAAAAUGCGAAUUCUCGUUAAGGGAAUCGAAGAUGUUUCAACUCGUAUAUCAGCAUUGGAAUCAUCCAAAGCCCAAUGGAUAAUACCUUCGGAAGCAUCUCAAGCUCCCGAACUAUUGGCAUCUCUUCGACAAUACGGUGAAAAUUUAACACCUCUGGCACGGAUCGUCGACGAUCUCAAUGAUCAAUCAGCAUUGCUGUCGGCUAGCAACGUUUUAGUCGCACAUUCGACAAGAACCAGGCUUGAUGAUAUUAAUAUGAGAUGGAAGCUUCUUCAGUUGGCAGUAGAUGAAAGGUAUAAAUUACUAUCGGAAUUUGGAAGAGAUGGAGGCUUGGGUUUAUUAUCUGCUUCGGUGGAAUCACCUUGGGAACGUGCCACCACGGCUACCAAAGUGCCUUAUUAUAUCAAUCACGAACAGGAAACGACGCAUUGGGACCAUCCGAAAAUGCUUGAAUUGAUGACUUCCUUGUCUGAAUUAAACGAAAUAAGAUUUUCGGCCUACAGGACAGCAAUGAAACUUAGAGCCGUGCAAAAAAGAUUAUGUCUGGACAUGAUUCCUUUAUCGGCUGCUUUAGAAGCUUUCGACAACCACGGUUUACGGGCUCAAAAUGAUAAAUUACUCGACGUUCCUGACAUGGUGACCGUUUUACGUUCCAUGUAUGAAAAAUCAAACGAUAAAAGUGAAAAAUUAAAUUUACCUUUGGUUCUUGAUCUCGUUAUUAAUUGGCUUUUGAAUGUUUACGAUAGUCAAAGGACUGGACAAAUUCGUGUUUUAUCAUUUAAAGUUGGAAUCGUUCUUCUUUCCAAAGGUCAUCUAGAAGAAAAAUACAGAUAUUUAUUCAGGUUGAUUGCUGAUCCGUCGAGAAUGGCCGAUCAACGAAAAUUAGGAUUGCUGUUGCACGAUUGCGUACAAUUACCUCGAAAUUUGGGUGAAGUGGCAGCUUUCGGGGGUUCGAAUAUCGAACCCUCCGUGAGAUCCUGUUUCGGACCGGAUAAAGAACAAAUCGAAGCCGUUCAUUUUCUUAGUUGGGUUCAACAGGAACCACAGAGUUUAGUUUGGCUUCCUGUUCUUCAUCGUUUGGCAGCUGCCGAAGGAGCUCGACACCAAGCGAAGUGUAACAUUUGCAAAGAUUAUCCGAUUUUGGGUUUCAGGUAUCGAUGUCUCAAAUGUUUUAAUUUCGACAUGUGUCAGAAUUGUUUUUUCUCUGGUAGAAAAGCUAAAAAUCACAAAUUGAAUCAUCCGAUGCAAGAAUAUUGCACUACGACAACUUCCGGUGAAGACGUACGAGAUUUCACGAGAGCAUUGAGAAAUAAAUUCAAAUCAAAAAGAUAUUUCAAAAAACAUCCGAGAGUCGGAUAUUUACCCGUUCAAACGGUUUUGGAAGGGGAUGCUUUGGAAUCUCCAGCUCCUUCGCCUCAACAUUCGAUGCUUCCGCACCAAGAAAUGCAUUCAAGGUUGGAAUUGUUUGCUUCGCAUUUGGCCGAAGUCGAACAUAGAAAAAGAAGCAAUUCCACACCUGAUUCGGAAGACGAACAUCAGUUGAUAGCUCAAUAUUGUCAAUCCCUCAAUGGAAGAAUCGGUGAUUCUUCUGUCCCGAGGAGUCCCGUUCAAGUCAUGGUCGCCAUUGAUCAAGAUCAACGAGAAGAAUUAGAAGCGAUGAUAAGGGAACUGGAAGAAGAAAAUGCGACUCUUCAAGCCGAAUACGAAAGGUUAAGAUCGAAACAAACGCCCGGAUCGACUCCAGAAGAAAUUAAUUUAAGCGGAAACGAUAUGAUUGCCGAAGCCAAGUUAUUAAGAGAGCAUAAAGGAAGGCUGGAAGCUAGAAUGCAAAUACUGGAAGAUCACAAUCGUCAAUUGGAAGCUCAAUUACAAAGAUUACGACAAUUACUCGACGAGCCGUCAAACAAUUCACCUUCCAAAACUGGAACAUUACAAACUCGAUCCGUGACGGCAUCCCAAUUGGCCACGGAUUCUCCAGCCAAAGUAAACGGACAUUCAAACGGACCCGGAGGGGGGAAAUGGGAGCGGCCUUUACCGCCUCCCCCCCCGAAUGGUCACAUGCCUACAUCUGGUUCGGCUCACAAUGUUGGAAAUUUGCUUCAUAUGGCAGAUGUCGUUUCAAUUUAA